AUGGCACAAGAACCAGUCGCAGAAGUGUCUCAAAUGGACGAAAAACACUCCGCUACAGAGACCAGCCAUGAUUUGGCACUUGCUGGUCCCUCUCGAUUCGAUAAGAAGCUCGCUUUGAAACUUGAUAUUUACCUUCUCACACCCAUGCUCUUCUUGAACUUCCUGUCUCUCAUGGGCCGAACGAAUAUUGGUGCCGCCAUGGUACAAGGCUUGCCAAAAGAAUUGAAGAUGGAUGCCAUGAAAGUUUUCAUCUCAGUUACCAUUCCCUUGGUACCCCUGAUCCUAUUUGAGGUUCCCAGUAAUCUCCUCAUGCGCUUUUUGGAAAGGAAAUACAACUUCUCAUACAUGAGAUAUCUAUCUCUUAUGACUGCUCUUCUAGGUCUCGUCACUCUGGGCCAAGGGUUUGACCAAAGCUAUUCGGCCUUGCUAGCAACUCGCUUCCUCGUAGGAGUAUUUGACUCUGGGCUCAUUCCCGGAUGUAUCUUCGUCUGUGCUUUAUACUAUCCAUCAGUACAUCUGCAAUGGAGAGUUAGUAUGCUUAUGGUUGCAAAUAUCGGUUCAAAUGUUGUGGGAAACAUUUUGGCUUUUGGUAUUGCUCAUAUCCACAGCUCGAAUGGGUAUAAGGGAUGGCGAUGGGUCUUCAUUGUCGAAGGAUGUCUCACCCUAGCUAUCAGUUUUGCAUGUCUCUUUUGCAACAUCAGCCGCCCCGAGACAGCAUCUUUCCUCGCCGAAGAACAGAAGGAAACCAUCGCCACUGAGGUUGAAGCUCGCACAACAACCGUCGGAAUCGUCGCAGAAUGGAAGAUUUUCUUGAGCAAUGGUCUCAACUAUAUCUGGGCCGCGUGUUACGUACUCACCUGUUCCACAACCUACUCUGUCGCCAUCUUCGCUGCUUCUUUUGUGCAAGCUUUCCAUCCUCACUACACCACACCACAAGUCCAGGGUCAAGUCGUUCCUAUAUUUAUCGUAUCUGGUGUAGCCUGUCUCUUGGCUGCAUAUGCAGCUGAUCGUUUAAACCACCGCGCCGGCUUUGCCAUUAUAGGUUACCUUAUCACAGCUAUUGGUUUCAUCAUUCUCAGACAACCAAAGACCCCCGCGCCACAUAUCUCCAUGCUUGGUCUAUACUUCGUUAGCAUAGGUACCUUUGUAUCAUUACCUCUCCUGUACAGCUUGCCAAUGAUCAACUCGGCUACUCCAUACCAGAGGGCCAUUGCAGCAGGGUUCGUAAUUGGUAUUGGAAACGUCGGUGGCUUUGCUAGUUCAUGGUUGUUCAGGACCAGUCAGGCACCACAUUACCACGAAGGAAUGACUGAUUCCCUCAUAAUGACUUUGGUGGCUCUUGCUUUAAUGGCUUUUGCUUGGUUAUAUAUCACAAUCGCCAACAAGAGGUUGGACAAGAACAGCACCACAGAUGCAGGAUCUGUUAAUGGCAAAGAUAGCCUGGUCGUAAGAAGAUACAGAGCAUGA